AACGCUAGGAGAGUUUGAAGUAGAAACUGUGAAGCGGAAAAAUCACAGCGAGGACCAUUCUUUUUUUGUGUGAAGAUAAGAUGGCCACAACACCACUAUCUCUUCCAAAUCAUAUACAUUUAGGGUUUUAGAGUAUAUUCCUUCUUUCACUAACGAAUAUCAUGGCAGCAGCGUUGUCUAUUAUCUGCAACUUCACACUCCAUUAUCACACUUCCAUUUUCUUCAAUAUCAAUUUCCCUCCUUCAAACAGAAUCUCUAAUCGAAAGAGCUGCUUCUUCAAGUUCAGUAGAAUUUGUGUUGUUUCUUCUCAUACAAAUCCCAAAAUUCUCAAGCCUAAUCGAAGGUCUAGGUUUGGCCAGCCGUUAUCGACUUACGACUCUGACUCCGAUGAUGAUGAUUGUUUUGAAGAUGAAGACGACAUUUCAACUUCUGAUGAUGAAUCUCUAGAUGUGAGAGUUUCUGCCCAGGAUCGACAACGCCUGAAGUUUCAGAAUGCAACACACAUCAGACGAGACAGUCAUCACCAUUCAGAAGGAGGAUCGAAUGCAAAGUUGGGACACCGGCGGCAAACUCCUGAGAUAACACAAGAUUGCAGAGAAAAGGAGGCAAGGGUAAGCUUGGCUAAGGACAGAUUUAGUCAUCUUGCAGAGGAACUGGAUCUCGAUGAGAGAUGGUAUCCACUUCUUGAUUACCUAAGUACCUUUGGAUUUAAGGACUCUCACUUCAUCCAGAUGUAUGAAAGGCACAUGCCUUCCCUUCAAAUAAAUAAGAGUUCUGCACAGGAAAGGUUGGAGUUCUUGUUGAGUGUCGGUGUCAAACAUAAAGACAUCAGGAAGAUAAUAUUGAGGCAGCCUCAGCUUCUUGAGUAUACUGUGGAAAACAAUCUGAAAUCCCAUGUCACAUUCUUAACUAGUUUGGGUAUCCCAGACUCAAGAAUCGGGCAGAUAAUUACUGCAACUCCGUCUCUUUUUUCCUAUAGUGUGGAAAAUUCAUUAAAACCCACUGUGACUUACUUGCUUGAGGAGGUCGGUAUCGAGAAGAAUGACCUGGCUAAAGUUGUGCAGUUAAGCCCUCAAAUUCUGGUGCAGCGGAUUAACACUUCAUGGACAGCCCGCUUCAAUUUUCUCACCAGAGAAUUGGAUGCACCCAGAGAUAGUAUUGUCAAAAUGGUUAGGAAGCAUCCUCAAUUACUUCACUACAGCAUAGAGGAUGGAUUGCUUCCCCGAAUUAACUUUUUUAGGAGCAUCGGAAUGCGCAAUUCAGAGAUAGUGAAAGUGCUAACUAGCAUUACACAGGUCUUCUCUCUAUCACUUGAGGGGAAUCUGAAACCUAAGUACAGCUACUUGGUCAAUGAACUUGGCAAUGAAGUGCGAUCAUUAACUAAAUAUCCUAUGUACCUAAGCUUGUCGCUGGAUCAGAGAAUUAGGCCUCGCCAUAUGUUUUUGGUUUCUCUAAAGAGGGCUCCCAAGGGACCAUUUCCAUUAAGUUCACUGGUCCCUACUGAUGAAUCUUUUUGUCAGCAGUGGGCAAGGACUAGCGUGGACAAAUAUCUUGAUUUUCGGCAGAGAUUGCUUCUAAAGGAACUUGCCAGAAAAUAUGAAAGACGAUAAUAUGUUUGAGCUCACUGGUAGCAGAUCGUCUGCCCUGCAUACUUGUUAUAAGGCUAAUUUUGUGAAAGGAUUUUAUAGCACUUAGUGAAUUUUAAAGAUCAGCGCACAUACGCAGGAACCAGGUCAUUUUCUUCUUUAUACAUUUAAAGCCAUACAAUCUCAGCUGUUGAAGUUGGUACUGUUGCACUACCUUUGAGGUUGUGAAGUCAAAUCGCACAAACAUAACCAUAUGUUCUCAAGGUGAAGUUUAAAAAAGAUAUUUACUUUUUGGGAGUUCAAUGGUAAGUGUUAUUAUAUAAUGGUGCAGUGUAUAUUGUGAGAUACUGCACAAAAUUUUGACAUCGUCUGCUGGCUGUGUCCUUUAGGCUUGUUGUAAUUUAUGUUGCCAUUUAGCUACAGUUUUUUACCUUGCUGCAAGUUAAAAAGGCAGCUUUGGAAACACUUUUGUUUAGUGAGAAAAUCUCAGUUAAGGAAAUACUUUUUGGAGUUAGUUUAUUGUCUAGUUGUCUAUUACAUUUGUAAAUAAUUGUGGUUUGAUCUGGUACAUAAUCUGAGUGCAAAAACUUGUAAAAUGAAAUUAUAAGAAGCUUUUAUCCUAUGGUGGUUCAAGUUAUUAUAUUCA